ACCGGCAAAUGAGAUAAAAUGUAAAUCUAGGGUUUUAUGAAUCAUCUUUAUAUCUAGAGUCCUCCGUCCAACUUCGUACCGCUCUCAGUAACCCUAGGGUUUCGGAACGGCCUAUCGAGGAAGAAGCUCUCAGGCCCUGGACCAACAAAGAUGCCGAAGCAAAUUCAUGAGAUCAAGGAUUUUCUUCUAACUGCUAGAAGGAAGGAUGCACGUUCAGUUAAAAUCAAGAGGAGCAAAGAUGUUGUGAAGUUCAAGGUUCGUUGCUCCAAGUACUUGUACACGCUCUGUGUGUUUGACUCGGAGAAGGCUGACAAGUUGAAACAAUCCCUUCCUCCAGGUUUGACUGUGCAAGACCUGUGAAUCCAGUUGUCCAAAAAACUGGGUUGGAAGAGUGCCAAUUGGAAGAACUUUUUUGUUUUACAAAUGAUGCUUUUAAUAUGGCAAUGGUGUUGGUAAUGAUUCUGCAUUUGUCACUUUCUUAUAGUUUUAGGCAGUUCUCAACUACACACUUAUUUGACUAGUUCUGGAUGUGUAGAGCUGGUUGAUUAUUGUGUAAGCAGCUUUUAUUUAAUUUUUCAGUUUCUGGAUGUUUUUCAAGGACAAAUUUUUGAAUUACUUCCAUUUCUGGUUUGAUAAUUUAGACUUAAGCAUUGCUUAUGCA